AUUAUUGCAGAUAAACAAAUUGCCGCCCUUUCCCCAAAAUAUAAGGAAAAUAGCAAUCCUCACUGUUGGUGGCUAUCCCCAAACCCCUCUCCAAAACCUUCCAAUCACUACCUUAAAAAAAUAACCUUUUAAACUCAUUGUUCCACACCCUCCACUCAUACACACUUUCUCUUUCAUCUUCCCUUUCAUUUUCUUGUUUUCUACCUGUUACCUGCUAAAAGAAAUUAAAAAAUAAAAAGAAAAAUGCACAGUGCUUUGCUUCUCUGCCAUUAAUGCUCUUUUUUUUGGCUCUGGACCCCACCUCUCUCUCUUCCUCAUCCUCUGUUUGUCACAGCCCCACCUCUUUUAAACCUUCACCUUGGACUAAUGCUACUACUACUUUCAGUUCAGCAUCCACGAAUGAUUGAAUGAGUUUUUAUGUUUCAUUGUUUUGUUCCUAACCAACGAGAUGAGCAAGAGCGCAGCUCCGAAGGACUCAAACGACGCCGUUACCCACUUCGAUUUUUUCAAGAAAUUUAAGCGCUUUAGCCCUCUCGAGUCUUCUCUGGGCAUCGUUGGCUUCUUCUUCGUUGCUGCUCUCUUCAUUGGUUGCUUCUUCUACUUGGAUUACGAAGGGUUGCGCUCUAGAGGCACCACUCUCCUUGGCUUGCAUUUUUCUUCAUCAUCUUCGUCUUCUUCUUCUGUGUCUGCUUCUGCCUCUCCUGUCGUUGGGAAUGUCCCGGUUCAGUUUCUGAGUCAAGAUGGUGAUAAAUGUGAUGUGUUUGAUGGGAAUUGGGUUUGGGAUGAAGCAUAUCCCCUUUACCAUUCCUCAAAUUGUUCCUUCUUGGAUCAAGGUUUUCGAUGCUCUGAGAAUGGGAGGCCUGAUACCUUCUACACAAAGUGGCGAUGGCAACCCAAAGGUUGCAACUUGCCCAGAUUUGAUGCAAAUAAGAUGUUGGAAAAGCUGCGGAACAAGCGGCUAGUUUUUGUUGGUGAUUCGAUUGGAAGGAACCAGUGGGAAUCGCUCCUUUGUAUGCUCUCUUCUGCAGUUGCAAACAAGACUAGUGUCUAUGAGGUUAAUGGGAGCCCAAUUACAAAGCACACAGGCUUCUUGGCAUUCAAGUUUGAAGAUUUCAACUGCAUCAUUGAAUACUACAGAUCACCAUAUCUAGUAGUGCAAGGACGGCCUCCUCCUGGAGCACCUGAAGGGGUAAAAAUGAGUUUAAGAGUGGAUCAUAUAGACUGGACUUCUCAUCGCUGGAGAGAUGCAGAUGUAUUGGUUCUCAAUGCUGGACAUUGGUGGAAUUACGAGAAAACUGUCAAAAUGGGUUGUUACUUCCAAGUAGGAGAGGAAGUGAAGAUGAACAUGACUACAGAAGAGGCAUUCAGAAAAUCAGUAGAGACAGUAAUUGAUUGGAUUGCCAGUGAAGUUAACAUGAACAAAACUUAUGUCCUUUUCCGAACUUAUGCUCCUGUCCAUUUCAGGGGUGGUAACUGGAAUACUGGUGGUGGUUGUCACAUGGAAACACUACCUGAUUUAGGCUCCUUGCCAGCAUUAUCUGACAUCCACUUCAGAACCAUCUUUGAUGUCUUGUCAGAACGCACGACUAAAUCAGAAGUCUUGAAUUUGGACCUGCUUAAUAUCACCCAAAUGUCAUUGCGCAGAAAAGAUGGCCAUGCAUCUAUUUACUAUCUUGGACCAGAUGGCGCAGCCCCUAUGCAGCGGCAAGACUGUAGCCAUUGGUGCCUACCUGGUGUUCCUGAUUCAUGGAAUGAGAUUCUUUAUGCACUUCUUCUUAAACGGGAGGAGCUUUACGAGCGGAAUACUACAGAAGUUUCUCAAGUUCCGCUAUAAUAGGUCUACACAGUUUGCAGAGAACGUUCUAAGUUAUACAAAUCUUUACCAACCAUAGCUAUGCUGCCUCUUCUCUACCACUGGUGAAUGAGGUAAAGUUGCGAGUUGAAUCUGGCAUCUUUGUGGUUAGUCUCACUAGUUGGUGAAUCUAACUAAUUGUUAGUUUGCCAUAUGUUACAGAAUUUUAUUCAUAGCAACCAAAGAAAUUAAACUGUUUUAAUUUCCUGCAAAAUGAUUGCUUGACCCUCUUUGUAGUGGUCUGCCAUUGUAGGUGAACAUAUCUGCAUGGAAACUUAAUUUUGGAUGGUGAAUUUUGGGGAUAGCUUGUAGGAAAAGGUAAAAAAUAAUCACUGAGAUUCAAACUUGAUGGAUCAGAAGGCAUACAUUUUUUUUUGGUUGUAAAUUUCACAUAUGUUGGUCUUCAAAAAUGUAGUGGGAGAUAUACUGAGCCCAUGAUGAUGCUGGUUGUACAUUGUAUAUAAAAGAGAUUGUUUUCUUUC